AUGGCAACAUUCAGAGAGAUUCAGUGGACCACGGAGUCCACAUCUUCAUCAACAACAACAACAUCCUCAGUGUUUGUAUCCUCAGAAGUCUCAAGCUAUGAAAACACUCGAGAUGCAAGCAUUGAGACCUCUAAGAUGAUAGGCACAGAUACAAGCAUCUCCUUCCAGGAGUACAUAUCCAGUGAGCAAGUCCAGGGAGACAGCACAGACAGCAAAUCCUUACAAGACAGCAGCCCAUGCUCCAGGGAAACAGAACCUCAGGAGCACCUUGGAGACCAAUGCCAGGGUUUGGCGUUGAUACUACCAUCAACAAGGUGGCAAAGAACUCAAAAGCUAAAGUCCCACCCGUUUGGUGAAAAGGCUUUAACAGAACACUAUGAAAUACUGACCACACUUGGCCGUGGAGGACUCGGGGAAGUAAAACUGGCUAGCCAUCUACUCACCCAGACAAGGGUAGCAGUAAAAAUUCUUCCAAAAGGCAUAAGGAACACCUUCAUCAAAUCAGAAAUUAAAAUUAUGAAAAACCUUGACCACCCGAACAUUAUUAAACUUUUGCACAUAAUCAACACCACAAAUAACAUUUACAUAGUUAUGGAACAUGCCACGGGUGGAGAGCUAAUGCACAGGAUUGUGGAAUUCGGCUACCUACCAGAAGAGGAGUUCUGGAGGCUAUUUAAACAGAGGGUAUCUGCCCUCAAGUACUGUCACCAAAAAGGGAUCGCCCACAGGGAUUUAAAACCACAAAAUAUUCUGGUGGACCACAAAGGAAAUAUAAAAUUAAGUGAUUUUGGUUUAGGCCCCAAACUUCUCAUGGGACAGAGGUUGGCAGUUUUCUGUGGGACCCUCCCUUAUUGUGCCCCAGAACUAUUUGAAGGUCAAGGCUACAAUGGCCUUGCAAUUGACAUCAGGAGUCUAGGUGUUGUGCUCUACUAUAUGUCCACAGGGUGCCUGCCUUUCCAGGGAAAUACUUAUACCAGACUGAAGCAGAAGAUCACGACAGGGAAGCAUUCUCUUCAAUUCAAGCUGUCACCAGAGCUUUGGGACAUGAUUGCCAAGUUAUUAACUGUAAACCCAGGACAAAGACCAAGAAUAGAUGACGUUGUGAGCUUUCCAAGGCUAAAGCAUGGCAGUGAAGGUUCUCCCAAUUCCUUCAGAGAGAGCCCCGACAGCCACCCAGACCCCACUGUAAUGGUCAUCACGGGUGUAACGGGAUAUAAGCAACGGGAGAUAAAGGAAGCUUUACAGGAGAAGAAGUUUGAUCAGGUGAUGGAGGAGCUCAGGGGACAGCCCCACAGUAUGGCUGCAGCUGGUUCAAAGAACAUGACCUCAUGGGACAGACCACCUCCAUUCUCCAGCAAGGAGGCCCAGGGUGAGGGUCCUACUGAACAAGAAAAAGGCCUCAGCCCACCCUCCCCAGAAACACCCCAGGGACACAUCAAUAGUCAGCGACAAAUUGCACCCAGAGUCCCCUUUAAAAGGCGGGUUUGGAAGAGCACACAGAGUAGGAUUAUUAAAGGACUGAGAAGUUUAUGUUGUUGCCUGCCAACUGAAAAGAGGGAGCACCUAGGCAACAAUAAAAUCCUGCCUGUGAGCUAUAAGCGCUGUGGAGGCGGCCAUGGUAACAGGAGCCAUGUGCAGCCAGCAUAUGCCAUGGUGUGCACGUUGCCCCAGGGCAUCCGGUCCUGUGCAAGGUCCUCAGGCCCCAGGUUCAGCAGACAAGAUCUGCGCAGGCCAACAUAA